AUGGCCUUCCGAGAUGGCAAUCACACUAUACCGGAACACAGUCCGGACGUCGAACAGGCCACCGAAGUCGACAGCGAGCGUUCUCCUCAGCUUGACCUGGUCAAAUGCCGCUGCCGUUGCGGAUGUGCUUGCAACUCCAGCCGCCCCAACGACGAGCUCACCGAGGAAGGUGGUGGGGCCGAGUUUGAAGACGAGAUGUCCGUCGAUGGAGAAGAAGGUGCUGACAAGGAGACUGAGUUCGGUGACAUGGGCUCCAUGACUCCACUGGUCGUCCGACUCAUCUUGGCUAGACACCAACGCUGCACCUGCUCAGACACCCCUAGGCCAUAUGCUUGCUGCCGCACCAUGAGCUCAGACGAUCACCCCACUCCCGGCGGCUCAAUGCUCGUACGUCUUAGCCCCAGCCAGCGCACCAUGAGCACUGUGUCGCUCCUAUCGCAGUCUUCGAACGACGAGAUGAGCCUUCACUCCAGCGGCAUUAUAUACCAGGCCGGCACCCAAUUCGAGCAAGGCGAGGCUCAAUCAGUUCCUGAAUACCAUUUCGUACGAACACCGCUCCGAGUUGUUCCGGAGCCUGAGUUCCCAUUCAUGUUCGAGAUCACCGUACACUAUCCUGACGAGCUCGAGAUCGAGACUGGUGCUACUCACGACUUUCCAAUGUACGACUUAUGGUGA